CCCCGGUCUGCACUUCGGUGGUGGUCUCGUGCUUCAUCGAGCUCAAAAAAAGCAGAGAUUUAUGUGAAUACGUUUGCAAAUAGUUGUGUGAGAAUAGUUAAGCAAGUCUUUAGAUUGUUUAUGAAUUCAAAUUAGCUGUAGAUCGUUUGAUAAAACUACAGAAAGCAAAGAAAACAUGAUAUUUAUGUAACGUGCUCAGCAACAGGGAAUCGAUAAAAUCUGCACCAUAACGAUGACGUCUAUGACAUUUGGACAGAAAAAGUUUAUUCCAACUGCACCGGAAAAGGGAAGUUUCCCACUGGAUCACGGCGGCCAAUGCCGUAAGCUGAUGCUGUUCUACAUGCGCUGCUUACGAGAAAACGCCGACGAUAAUUCCGCCUGCCGAGAGCAAUCCAAAGCCUACCUUCAGUGCCGUAUGGACAACGAUCUAAUGGCAAAGGAAGAUUUUUCCAAGCUAGGUUACAGUGAAAGUGAAAAGAAACCAGAACAAAGCUAAAUCCAUCAAUCAAUCCUCCCUCGUGAAUCAAUCGAAUGGUGCAUUUUUUUCAUAUUGAACUACACAAAACUUUUCUGUAACAUACCAACAAUCAAAAUGAAGAAAAACAUACUCGUCGGUUGUACCGGCA